CUUGAAGUCUUGCUAGCAGCUCUGUGUAGAUCGGGUUAGGCUUUUCAUAUUUUCUUCUGGGAAAAAAUAAAUAAAUAUAAAUUGUAUAACAGGAUUAAAAGCCUGACGUCCCGGCUAAGACGUCGCCUGCCUGUUGUGGCUGGAAAAAGCUGUCUGUGUGUUUUAUUGUGUGGCUGAAGAAGGAAAAGAAAAACAAUAAUAAUGAGUCCGACCGACGCGAAGCGAGGAGCGAAGCGCAGGAAGAACAAGCGGGGCGGCGGCAGCAGCGCGGCAGGAAAGUCCGAGGCUUCAGCCGCGGCCCGGGCUGCUCAGUCUGCCGCAACAGCCGCCUCCGCUAGGAGCUUUCUGAGCACCGGGAGCGCUGGAAAUGGAGACUCGGGGCUCAAUGGAGAGGUCUCUGGGAACGGCACGCCCCAGUUUUCCGAAGGCCCUGUGAACUCGGACUUUUCCGGAGUCCUUCAGACCCCAUUCACGUUCGGCCUGAACCAGAGGGCUCCCUACACCACGGGUGAUCGCUGCUUGCUCUGUCGCAGCGAGCGCAAAGACACUGUUUCACAGGACUCGGGACAGAACGGCACGGGCCAGUCGCCCAAAUCCUCCUCCUCCUCCCUCCAGCUGCCCCUCUACGUCUGCCCCGACUGCAAACGCACCGUGGAGAAGGACGAGCGGCAGCCCCCCUCUGACCAGACCUCGAUGAGUCAGGACUUUUUGUUACGCAUGCCUGUGGGUAAUGGUGGAUUAAGUCAGGACGCGGCGGGCCCCAAUGCCAGGCUAAUUGUCGGCGCUCCCACUUUACCCACCCCGGACCUCAGCACGCCGCUCUCCACAGACACGGUGUGCGGCUGUGAGGCGUGCAGCGAGAGGAGGGAGAUCACGGCCGAGUCCGAGCGGGAGUCUCAGCAGCUGCAGAAUCACUGGUCCGAGGUGCGCUACCUGGUGCGCUGCAUCUACCGCCAGACCGGGACGCCGCUGGCCGACGACCAGGACCAGCCUCUAAACCGGGACAAGGAGAGCAUGAAGGAGCUGGUGGACAGGCUGUGUGAGAAGGACCCGUACCAGCUGUACCAGCGGCUGGAGCAGCAGGCCAGGGAAUACGUUCUGGAGAUGAAGGUUCGGCUCCUGAAGCACCUCUCCGCGGGACCCGAGGGCCCAGGGGCCACUCACGGCCCUCCACAAGCGCACCAGUUCAUCUCGCUGCUCCUGGAGGAGUACAGCGCCCUCUGCCAGGCAGCCAGGACCAUCAGCAGCUUCCUGCUCACACUGGAGAACGAGCAUCUUAAGAAGUUCCAGGUGACGUGGGAGCUCCACAACAAGCACUUGUUUGAGAGUCUGGUGUUCUCCGAGCCCAUCUUGCACAGCAGCCUUCCGGCUCUCGUCGCCCAGCUCAAGCAGGGCACAGCGUCCCACGACUCGUACAGCGAGGACAUGUACAAGGCGCUGCUGGACAGUCUACACGCCCUCGAGCAGGAGAUGAAGGCCGUCGCAGUGGAGUGGACGGAGUGCCGAAAGAGGAUAGACGACUACGUGGACGAGCAGUUGCUUUUCAAAGUGGAAGGACAAAACCUCACAAAUCAGCGUGCCGAGCCCCACAAGUCUCUAAUCAGUAAAAAUAUGUCUUUAAGAACGAAGCAGCGGAUGCUUAAAGACGACGGCGAGAUCUUCAAACAGAGGAGGUUCUUUGAGGAGCAGUUCCUGCAGAACAGUAAGAAGUCCCUGGCAGGAGACAGCACCUUCACCGACACGGUCAAGCAGAUGCUGUCGUCUCGGCUCAGCAUUCCAGACUGUCCCAACUGCAACUAUCGGAGAAGGUGCACGUGCGACGACUGCAGCCUCUCUCACAUCCUCACGUGCGGCAUCAUGGACGCCCCCGUGGGGGAGGAGCUUCACCUGAAGCUGCCGUUGCAAGCGGAGCCUCCUAGAGACUACCUAUCUGAGGUUCAUCCUCCAAGCAUGUCUUCAGGAAGCUCCGGCUCUGGGUCCGGUUCCGGCUCCGCCUCCAGUUCCCCAAUCACUGUCCAACAGCACCCGCGCCUCCUCCUUCCUCAAGAUGGCGCACCAACGUUUGGCAGCGACGACGACGACGACGAAGUGCCUGCGCUGCCAUCCAUCUACCCCCUGAGCAGGUACGAGGAUGCCAGCGUGGUGGCGAGUAUGAACGGCCUGCACGCUCAGCUCAACGGAGGAGCAGAGAACACGCCGCUCAAACAUGAGUCCCCGCGAAGGAGCAGCAGCAGUUCCUCUGAAGGAGAUGAAGAGGAAGUGGAAGGCGAGAGCAGCACUCAGCCUUCAGGCCAGCAGGGGGAGCUCUCCUGUGGGAAGAGAGACAGUCCUCCUCCUUCCUACACGCAUACACAGGUGGAGCAGGUGCAGCACCCGUGCGAGUGUCACGUGUGUAACCAGGGCGGCGUGGAUGGCGGUACAGCAGGACUGGGCACCGCCGCUCUGCCUCCUCGGCACCUGCACACGGCACCACACCAGUUCUUCACGGACAAGAGUCCGGCUCACCCCGCGCUCCACCUCUACCCCCACAUCCACGGUCACCUGCCCAUGCACAACCUGCCCCAUCUGCCCCGGCCGCUGCUCCCCACACUGUACUCCAGCCCUCCACUCGCACACAGCAAGACUCUCCCGCCAGCGCUGGUUUCCAAUCACACAGGAAUAAAGCAGCAGCAGCAGCAAGUGUUCAGCCCGGCUCUGCCUGAACACGUGUACCAAAGCUGCUUCAGCGGCGGAGCCGGAGACUGGAGCGCUUCUCUGUCCUGUCCUUCGCUCAAAUUCGAGAACCUCUGGGACACGCACAUGAUGAAGAACUGGAACCCGAGCGUACUGCUGCAGGAGCCGCUCCCUGGUGACGUUCGCCCUUCGCUUUAUCUCGCACUUUUCAUUCCCUUAGGAUUAGACUCCGCCUCCCCCGCGUCCAGCUCCUCGUCCCUGCCGGCUCCCGAAGGCAAGGAGAAGAAGAGCGUCCCUCAGAAGAAGAAGUGUCUCUUCAACUACCAAGAUGCCUUCAUGGAGGCGGGGGAGGUGGUGAUGGCGACGUCGUCGGCCAUCUCCUCGGUCUCCAGCACCGCCACCACUGUCCAGUCCAGUAACAAUCACAUCCACGCUUCGGCGAAAAGAGCCGCCGCACUAGGUGAAGUAUUCCACAAUAUAGUUAAAGAGGACCAUAUACAGUCCGGCCCCAUCGUUCCUAGAAACAGCCCCACUACCGGUUUGGCGUCUCUGCCUCCGUUCAGCAGUGCCGCCCAUCCCCCGAUCCCCAGCACACAUCUCCCCAGCAUGGCCGUUCAGCCCUUAACGAAGACUGCAGCUCCAGCCCCAGGUUUCCUUGAAUCCCACCAGACUCUGUGUGUGCCCGGUGGGGAGCAGCCACAGCCACCCGUCCCGGCUGACGGCCCAGUCAGCGGGCCCAGUAGCGUGUGCAGUGAUCCCGACUGCGAAGGUCACCGGUGCGAGGGAGGCGGAGCCUACGAACACCAGGCUUACGAAGAGAGUCCGGAUGAAGACAGCAGCUCCGAACACAGCUCCUCCACAUCCACCUCCACCAACCAGAAAGAAGGAAAAUACUGCGACUGCUGCUACUGUGAAUUCUUUGGUCAUGGAGGGCCUCCUGCAGCUCCUACUAGUAGAAACUACGCCGAGAUGCGGGAGAAGCUGCGGCUACGUCUCACCAAGCGUAAAGAGGAACAGCCCAAGAAGGAAGAACUGGAGCGGGACGGGAUGGAAGACCAUCGCAAAGUCGAGGAUCUCCUGCAGUUCAUCAACAGCGGCGGCAAUAAACCCGCGUCCAGCUCCAAAGCAGCCAAACGCGCACGCCACAAACAGAAGAAGCUCGAGGAGAAAGCCCGUCUGGAGGCGGAGGCACGAGAGCGGGAGUUGCAGCAGCAGCAGCUUUUGGAGGCACAGCGGCGGCACCAGGAGGAGGAGGAGGAAGCGCUUAAGCAGGAGCUGCUCCGUCUGAAGGAGAUGCAGCAGCUUCACACCACCUCCACGACCACCUCCAAGAAGAAAAAGAGGGAAAACAAGGCCAAAGAAGCUCCGACAGCAACAGUCAAGCCUGAAACGCCGUCUCCAUCGCCCGCCCCCACUAACAACCCCCAGCCACUACGCCAGAGUGCACAGAACGUUCUGGAAAACAUGCAGAACGGCAAAACGCAGCUGCUACACGGCCUGGUCCGUCUCAAAGAGCCCGUUAAAGAGCCCUUGAAAGAGCUCAUACCUCUACCCCAAGCCAAAAUUGGCCCAUCAAGCCCAAGACGUGGCAAAGAAAAACCUGCUGAAGUCCCGCCCUCGCUGCCCAACGGCACCCUGCCGCACUCCGAACCCACCAACGCCAGGUCCAAAUCCAAACAGCAGCCCAACGGCACCUCCAGAACCAACGGCGAGGCUGGAAAACGGCCGCUCGACACGCCUCGAGCAACAGAACCCACCUCGAAAUCGGCCCCAUCGCACACAGAAAGUAAAGUCAAGGCCAGGCUGGCUGAGGAGCAGCUCGCUGACAUGAAGAAGGAGGAGAGGACGAACGGCAAGAAGCAGCAGAACGGCAUGAAGGAGGAGAGGAACUCGCCCGUGAUGGAGCCUCCAGCCACCGAGCAGAACGGGAAAGUCGUGCCAGCGGAGUCUCCUCAGCCCAAGAGCAAGGCCAAGAAAAACAAGAAGAAGAAGGCAGACAAGAUGAAUAACUCCAUAGACGACGUGUUCCUGCCCAAGGACAUCGACCUGGACAGCGUCGAUAUGGACGAGACAGAGCGUGAGGUGGAAUGCUUUAAAAGGUUCUGCUUGGACUCUGCUCGACAGACAAGACAGAGGCUGUCCAUCAACUGGUCCAACUUUAGCUUGAAAAAGGCCACGUUCGCGGCUCACUAACGAGAGGACAGACGAGACGAGACGAGACGAGAUCCUCCUUCAGAGAGCGUCAGGAGUCAACCAGCGAUCCUCUGUCUGUCUGUCUCUCUCUCCUCUCUCUCUCUCUCUCUCUCUCUCUCUUCUUUCACCAGGCUGACUGCUGAUCCCAGUGCUGCUACGCUCCAACCAUCUGCUCCUCCGACCUACCGUACAUUACCCACAAUGCCUUGCCUUGUCCUUGUUGCUGUAUGGUUCCUCAAAAGAAUCCAGACACUCAGCUUUGCAGUACGUAGAGAGGAGGAGGAGGGGAAAAAAAGGACAGAUGGGGCGGGAGGGGAAGACAAACAACCACAAAAUGCCACUCUACCGAUCUUUUGUUCUGUUUCGAAUAUGGCCGUUGCUCCUCCUAUCAAAAUGCUCGAUGUGUGUUUGGAUUGAGGCCAUGUGAAGCAUCCAAACAGGGAAAAAAAUUAAGAAGUGGGGGAAAAAAAAAAAAGAGCCUUUUAUUCCCAGUAUUUGUGGACGCGAACAGUUUUUGCACUUCAUUACAGUUAGCUGAGAAGGGAACGGGACUAGGGCACCUCUGCUCUCUCCUCCUGGCCACCAGGGAGAUGGCUAAUACUUGACCGAUUGUUCUUGUUGGGGUAGAUCAGAUCCAUUAUACAACUGCUCCGUAAAGUGUUAGGGGUUUUUUGUUUGUUUGUCUGUUUGUUUGUUUUUUUCAGUUUUUUUUUUUUUCGUUCAUCCUGUAGCCAGCUUGUAUCAGACUACUUUCAGAAUCGAAUUGAAAGAAAAGAACAAUACUCACACUAUCGAUCUGUUAUAGAGUGUAUAUUGUAUUAACACUGAAGCCUGACUGGCUACUUUUUAACAUAUUGUUAAGUAAUAUUAAAAAUCUUGUCUUUCUUUUUUGAAAGAUGGAAUACAGUGGAAUGGCAGGACUCGGUGUCUGUGUGC